UCAAUCUGGAAUUCUCCCCAUGAUUCUCCUGUUUUCUAUAGUGUCACUUCUUAUUUGUUUGUAAAGCAUCUUUGAGUGUCCAAAAAGCCCAAAAUAAGUUCGAUGCAUUGUUAUUAUUGUUACAAAGAUAAUAUAAAAUAUCAGUGGUUCGAUUGUUCACAUCCAUAUUCGAACUUGCUUGGCCCACAAGGCGCCUACCUGCGGCUGUGGCGGGUGCAGCAGACUCAGGUGCAAGCCCGAGCUCGUUGUGGCGUCACUGUCCGCGAACACAAACCAACAGUGGACAACAUGGAUUGUAAACGGAGUCAGGUGCUGAACCCUGUGCGAGUCCAGGCCCUGGAGACCUGGGUGAAGAACACCAAAAUUAGACUGACACAAGUGAAUGGCCAGAGGAGGUACGGAGGGCCUCCUGAAGGCUGGGAUGGCCCCAUGCCUGGAGCUCGCUGUGAAGUGUUUAUCAGUCAGAUUCCACGGGAUGUGUACGAGGACCUGCUUAUUCCCCUGUUCAGCUCAGUGGGCCCACUGUGGGAGUUCCGCCUCAUGAUGAACUUCAGUGGACAGAACCGUGGCUUUGCCUAUGCCAAGUAUGGGUCUGCAGCUAUAGCUACUGAGGCCAUCCGUACUCUCAACGGUUACAUGAUAGAGUCAGGCUGCUACCUGUCUGUCAGACGCAGCACAGAGAAGAGGCAACUAUGCAUGGGAGGUCUGCCCCGGGUUACCCAGCAAGAGCAACUUCUGCAGGUGCUCCAGGGACUGAUAGAGGGUGUGGAGAGGGUCUCUCUGAAAGCUGGACCUGGUAUAGAAGGUGUGUCUGCCAUUGUGGUCUUCACAUCGCAUCAUGCUGCCUCGAUGGCCAAGAAAGUGCUGGUUGAAGCCUUCAAGAAGCAUUUUUCCUUGUCGGUUUCAAUCAAAUGGCAAUCGUCAGGAAAGCCGAGCCCAGAAGAACCCAUGCAUUCUCAGAAGGCCUUCUUUACCUCUCCCACUAAGCCCCCUCGUCUGCUGCCACGGCCUCAGCCCCCCUCUCUGCCCUCUCCGUUUCUCCACACUCCGUCCAUCCCUCCUGGGUUCUGCCGGACAGUAGGAGGUCCUGCUGCCCAGCUCCAGAUCCCAAUGCCCCGCCGUUUCUUCUCUCUGCCCCCUCCUCUGUUAGACCAUCUGCCUCAAUACCCUUAGAGAACGACUCACUCAUGAGCUGACAACACAGCAUCAUAUCAAGGAUUUACAUUUAUCAUUGUUUAAAAAAAAUGUUCUUAAGUUGUUUGCAUGUUUUUAUAAGUACUUAAAAGUUUGUAAUUUGUCUGGUUUAUCUUAUGCAUGCUUUUACUGUAAUUGUUGGUUGGAUUUAUAUACUUGUCCUUUGCAUGAUUUUCAUUGUGUGUUCUUGGGUGUGUUCCUUUUAAUUAAAUGUUUAAUUAAUGAUGCAUUGUUUUACUUAUUUAAAUAUCAACAGAAUUAUUGUUGGCUUAGUAUGUUUUGUGUAUUUCUUUUCAGGAAAGAAGUAGGCUCACUCCAUUUUAACUGUAUAAGAAAGUUCAUGCCAGUUGUGUUAAAUGGCAUAAUUUGUUAAUAAAC